CCCUACUGCUACAGUGUAGUGGAGCUUUGGGAGUUGUAUCCACAAUUACAUCAAUAUUAUGUUGCGGAACUUAUUCGGGCUCUGCGGCUUCCACCAUUUCUCGGAACUCUUGUAGGAAAGCGACCAGAUCCCUCUGAUAUUAGAGUGUUUACAAUGACAAUUUCACCCAUUGCCGCCAUGGAAGAUUGUUUUAAACGUAGUGCACUGCAUAUGAUCAGUGACAUAGUAGUGGAUGCUGGAGAAUACGUGUUGGAAAAAAAUAUUCCUGCAGCCAAACGAACAGAAAGGCAUUCUUCCAGUUUAACCUCACGUGUGGUAACGCAUGUAACGCUGAUGGUAUUUAAAGUUGGCGGUGCGGCGGCAGGGCGUGCGGUUGGUGGAGCCCGCGGGGAAUAUUGGGGUGAAAUCAUUGGCUGCACAGUGGCGCCAUUGGCUCAUCUGCAGGCGAAGGUACUGAUGCGUACGGUGUGGCCGCGAUUGAGUGGAUCUUCACAUCGCUCAUCACGCCCCACUCGCAGUGUCUUUGGUAGCAGUAAAGAGGGGGAUAAGUUGAGAGGUUCUUCUCGACGGUCACACUAA